GAAAAAACAGCGUCGUUCUCUGCCGAAAUCCUCUUAAAUUUAUUUUAUGUUACUUAAACGUCACUUAUAUCAUGACGUACGGUUAUUCAUGCUAAUAGCAAUGUAGAAAGCACGCAUUACUAACGUUGGUUGUACAAUAGUUACCGACUGAAGUAGACAAAAGUAAUCAAAGCCAAGCCACACAUCUCCGUCGUUUCACUCAAGGAAAAUCAAAGUUUUGCUUACUUAUCAAUUUACAAACAACAGCGAUAGUGAUUUGUGUACGUCAGACAGGCUAACAGGUUUUCAAAUUUAGUUUUAGAGUUCAGCCGACUCUAUAGUAGUGUGUGUGUGUUUUUUUUUAACGGCUCGAAAGUGGGAAGCUCCAACUUCCCAGUACAACUCCAACGCAGCUUGAAAUUGUUACGAGUUGGAACUCGCUCGAAAAAAGAAAACAUCCGGUGAAUAUUAGGCAACUUUCACCUCAUCAUGUCAGGCUCAGUUCCAGAAGGGUCCGGCGCAGGGUCAAGCAACAAGCGUCUGCAACAGACCCAAGCCCAGGUUGAUGAGGUGGUGGAUAUCAUGCGCGUGAAUGUGGACAAAGUGCUGGAGCGUGACCAGAAAUUAUCGGAACUGGACGACCGAGCAGAUGCGCUCCAAGCCGGCGCGUCGCAGUUUGAGACCAGUGCGGCAAAGUUGAAGAGGAAGUACUGGUGGAAGAACUGCAAGAUGUGGGCUAUCCUGAUAGCUGUCCUACUGAUCAUUGUGGUCAUCAUUAUCAUCUGGGCGAAAGCAUAAAAGAGCAUCAAGAAGAGGAAUGGAGCAACAUGCAUCACUGAUCGGCAAAGAGCCAGAAGUCACAUGAUGAAUGGCUUCUUAGUUCCACAUUUUUUUUUUUUUUUUUGAAGGAGGGGUGAGGGGGGGGGGGGGG